AUGAAGAAAGUGUUCGACCAGACGGUCCGGGACCUGAAACGCGGGGUGAAUAAAAAGGUCCUCAAGGUGCCUGGCACGGAACAGAAGAUUCUCGACGCCACAAGCAAUGAGCCGUGGGGCCCCCAUGGAUCCCUCCUGGCGGAGAUCGCCCAAGCAACACAUAACUAUCAUGAGUAUCAGAUGAUACUGAAUAUCGUGUGGAAGAGGGUCAGCGAUACUGGUAAAAAUUGGCGGCAUGUGUACAAGGGAUUGAUUGUCCUGGAUUACCUGGUAGCACAUGGAACCGAGCGAGUUAUUGAUGACAUAAGGGAGCAUUCUUAUCAGAUAUCGGCACUAGCUGAUUUCCAGUAUAUCGAUUCUAGUGGGAGAGAUCAAGGUAGCAAUGUACGACGGAAAUCCCAGAGCCUCGUUAGUUUAGUUAAUGAUAAGGAAAGGAUACUGGAAGUUAGGCAGAAAGCACUUGCUACCAGGGACAAGUAUCGGAGUGCAUUUGCCACGAGUGGACCACACAGGAGUCCUGGUGGAUAUGACAAUGACCGUGAUCGCUACGAAGGAGGUAGAUAUGAUAACAGGAAUGGCUAUGGGAGGGAACGAGAUGGGUAUAGAGAUGAUGACAGAUACAGUGGCGCUGGAGAUACCCCCAAUAGGGAUGGAGAUCGUUAUUCUAGGGAUUCUAAUGAACGCAACAGGGAAGAUGAAUACAGAGGAAGUAAUAGCAACCCUGAGUAUGCAGAAGGAUCAGGCCGCAGGAGCUACGGGGAUGAGGAGGCUUAUUCAUCCCGUGGUCGUGGCAGCAACGCUGAUGCGCCUACUCAGGAUGAGAGGCCUAUUGAGCGGAAGGCUUCUAACCAGCAGAUUGCUUCACCACCAAACUACGAAGAUGUCACAGGAGAUACCCAGGACAAUCAUCAUGAUGAAAGAAAUGGAGGGAGUGUGCCUGCUGUUGCACCAAAGGUGUCUUCUCCAUCUGUUCCUAGAACAAGCUUUCCCCCAGCCCCAGGGCAGGUGAAUGGUGUUCAUGAUAAGCCUGUCGAGGUUGUAGCUGCACAACCACCUGCUCCUGCUGCACAACCACCUGCGCCUGUUGAACCGAAUGGUUUUGAUGAGUUUGAUCCACGUGGAUCAGUACCAGAUGCUUCACCUCCGGUGAAUACCUCACCGAUAAUGAAUAGCUUUGAGAUGGAUUUGUUUGGGUCAGAUCCUAUUGGCGCCCUGGCUUUGGUUUCUGUGCCUCAGCCGACUGACGUCCCAAGUGUCGAGCCAUCAGCAAGUUCAGGUUUUGAAACGGAUAGUUUUAUGGGCAUGCCACCUGCUUCUAAUGGAUUCAGUGAGGCAAUUGAUGCUUCAAAUCCUUUUGGAGAUCCUACUCCUUUCAAGGCAGUUCAAGAAGAGAAUCAUGCAGCUUCUCAGACAAAUGCGACCCCUGCUGGUUCAUUCCAGGCCACAGGACCUGGUGCAGAUGUAAAUCCUUUCCAGCCUGCUUCAUCCACUAACUUUGGUUUUGAAGAUACUCUCGGCGGUCUCAGUUUUGCAUCCAAUGCUGCACCUGGGCAACAGGAUAUUUUUGGAAGCACCACCUCCUUACCUUCGGGGGUUUCACAUGCAAAUCCGUCCCAACAGGCACCCCCAGCUUAUGUUCCCUCCCAGGCAUCUCAGCCUAUUACUCAUGCUCCUCAAGCAGUGGCACCCAAUACUCAUGCUGCUCCCAUGUUUGCUCAGCCACAAGCAUAUCCUGCAGCCAUGAACCCAUCAUCAUUUUCUCAGGCUGCUGCGCCAUCAUUUGCUCCUCCACAGCCACCUCAACAUGCUGCACCAUCAUUUGCUCCUCCACAGCCACCUCAACAUGCUGCACCAUCAUUUGCUCCUCCACAGCCACCUCAACAUGCAGCUCCAAAUCUACCAUCAGGCCCAUCAAACUUUUAUAUGCAACCGGCUUCACAGAAUGGAGCACCACCAUCCUAUGUUCCUCCACAGUCUUCUCAUCUCCCACCUCAACACGCAUCUCAGCAAAGCUUCCUCCCACAAACUGCUGCACCAGCACCACAGGCACCAUCAAUAUCUCGAGGGGCAUCUCAGCCUUUUGGUGCCCCAAAUUCAGUGCCAUCUGGUGCCAGCACUCCUCUGCAGUCAAGUUUAUCAGCUCCCCCAGAAACACUAAUUUCAGCUUUGCAAGUUAGUCAGACCCAGCCAGUGAAGAAAUUUGAGCCCAAAUCUACAGUUUGGUCUGAUACAUUGACCCGGGGUCUCGUUGAUUUCAACAUUUCUGGUGCAAAAACCAAUCCACACGCAGAUAUUGGAGUGGACUUCGAUUCAAUCAACCGCAAGGAUAAAAGACAAGACAAGAAGAUCUCUCAAGCACCUGUAGUAUCUACGAUCACCAUGGGCAAGGCCAUGGGCUCUGGCUCUGGCAUUGGCCGAGCUGGUGCGAGUGCCGUUGCACCUCCUUCCAACCCAAUGGGUGCGGGGCGGGGUGUCGGUAUUGGUGGUGCUGGUUAUGGUGGCGGAAUGGGAAUGAACCGGCCAAUGGGGAUGGGAAUGGGAAUGGGAAUGAACCAACAACCCAUGGGAGUGGGGAUGGGGAUGAACCAGCAACCGAUGGGGAUGAACCAACAACCCAUGGGAAUGGGCAUGGGGAUGAACCAACAACAGAUGGGAAUGGGAAUGGGGAUGAACCAACAACAGAUGGGAAUGGUGUUGGGGGGUAUAAUUUUUAUCACUAUUCUUUUUCCUAUCCAUCCCAUGUUGGAUAUACUGUAUCUACUGAAAUGUAUCGACAUGGCACUGCCACAACUGCCGCGUUGUGUUUGGAUGCAAAGCCACAUGAUAUUACAAGCUUGGUUGGUUGUAGUUGUAUAA